AGCUCCUCUCGUUGUCUCAAUCACCAUCUCAGGUGGGCGCCUGCACUGCUGCAGACUUGAACAGCCAGCUCAUUGGGCAAAUUUGUGCAUUCUUGAGGAGCUCGUGUGCUUAGAAAGCUGCUUGUGCUUAGGAGUAUUUCCAUGAUAGCGAGGCGAUAAGGGGCGAAGGGCGCCAGAGUCUUCACCCUGCAUCUGCUUACAAUCCAAUCUGGGGAAACACUUCUGAGCUCAUGGAAUAGGGGUGACGCUGCGAGGGCGCAAACUGCUUCGCUUGUCCUCCGGUUUGGUGAAUAUUAGUCAGCACCGUAGAGCACCCUUCCUUUACCACCUCCAGUCCGGCAUUGACCAUCGUGUAAUGUGGCUUGGGACGGGUUUACUUGAGGGAUGAUCUCAUGGUGAAACACCACCAGGAUGGCCGCCAGUCAAGCCAGGUUUAUGAGCACCCGCACUCUUCUCCCUCCAACUCUCAUAAGGGCUCCCUGCGGUAGCCACCUUGCAAGCAGCCCUUCAGCCCUUCAGCCCUUCAGACCCCUCUUCUUCCGCAAGCUGGGGGAGGGGCUUUGUUCUUGGGGACUCGCUCAGAACACUGUCGUGUGCCCCUCAAACGAUGUUACAAGGCCGCCGAAGCGGCGGCCUAGGAGAGGGAAUCCGUGUCCGGCGGUUGCGGCGCAGGAGGCUCCCCAGACUUCCAAGCCCCGUUUUGAUGGCUCAGUAUUUGGAGAGGAGUACAGCUGGGCAGGCGGAAAAGAAGUGGGGCCGUUUCUUGAGAGGGGUCCAAGGGGCAGGGGUUCGGCGGGGGCGAAGUUUGAAGUGCAGAGGAGACGUUGGGAGGGGGUAACAACGCUAAGAGCGGAGGCGAGGCGGGCAGUUCUGGAGGUGGGGGUUACAGCGGAAGGGGAGGGUUUGCGAGAAAGGAAGUUGGGCCGGCUGCAAAAGCUGCUUGAGGUAGAGAUGGUGGGGGAGGGGGAAGAUGAGGAAGAGUCUGGGGGGCCCACUCUGGCUGAGGCCUUUACACUGGCCCAGAGGCGGGUGUCAGAAGAAGCGCCGGGAUUGCGGGAAGAGGUCACGGGACAAAGCCAGAAAGGGAGGGGCUUGAGAGGCGGGGUGAGGCAGAAGUCUGGCAAGAGUAGCACAGCUGAGAAGGAGUGGAGUCAAGAGCGUCGGAAAGGUCCCCAUCAACAGCUGCAGGAGAAGGUUGCUUCCACGAUGCCACCUGUCAGCUUGACAGAGGAACAGCCCGCGGAUGGGACGGAGCGCGGUGCUUUGCUAGGGGCGAGAGACAAUCCGGCGAUCGUAAAGAAGAACAGAGCCUUGCUGGAAGCGAGCCUGGCGGAGCGCUUGGACAUCGACUUGGGCGUGGAAGAAGACAUCGAGGGUGCCCUUGACCGUGACCUAGCCGCCCUCUUUACGGUGACCGCCGCGAGAGGAGAGAGUGGCCCCUUGGGGGGUCCCUCAGACAGCGGUUCUCUCCUGGGGGGGAAGGUUCGAAGACCGAUGGAGUCCUUGGAAGAACUCUCCGCGGAUCGAGGGUCUGGCAGGAAGAACUUCGGCCCGUCUGUUCAACACCGGCCCUCCCGAACACUCGGUGAAGGCUCCAGCCCUCAGACCUUGACGUCGUUUUUGAAGGGCGGUUGGGUCAGCAAGCAACGGGAGCCUUCGACCGAACAGAACGAGUCUGAACCUACUCCUAGGGGGUGGUUUUCUGAGCCGGACGAACCCCCCCAGGACUCGAGCGCUGCCUUGGACCCCCUCCUUGAUGUUUUAGAAGACGCCUCCGCUGCAAAAGCGCGCAUCUCGACCCCCCUCCACCAGCGAACUUACAAGACGCAGCACGUUCUGAAAAGGCGCCAGCAAAAGGCCCUGUCAGCCUCCGACGAGGACGAGGCUUUGCUGCGGCAGCCCUGGGAGGUCAAGGAGCCCCGGCCAGAAACAGGGCUUCCCGUUGGGCUGGAGCUGUUCGCUGACGACCGAGUGACGUCACCAGAGGUUCGAGUUGAGGCGUUCGAGCCGAAGCACGACAAAAAGCCUGGGGGCGCACGGCAGUGGCAGCCGAACAAGCGCAGGCUGUAUUACGCCCAAAAGUUUGCGGACCGCUGGGGAGGGGGGGACACGCCUGCGGUCGAGACCCCCCCCAAAGCGGCUGAAAUUUCGGGGGGCAAAAUGGAGAAGCGUCCAGUCGAAGAAAACCACUUCUUGUUCCCCCCCCUGCCGCGGCCAGUGCCGCACGAGAUCGUGAAUCGGAAGAAGGUGGAAACGAUGCCGGUUGGGUCGUUCCGUUCGGUUCCGCCGAAGCAACGGAAAGUGCUGCCAAUAAGAGAAGCGGCGGGGAUUAGUCGGGGCUUAGGCGGCCGGUUGGUGGUUCCAGACACAGGGAGUAGCGCAGUGACGUCAGAGAUGAGGGAGGAGGCGAGGCGGGACGUGUUGCAGCGGUUGUUGGUUGCAGCAGAAGGGGAUGUGAACCAUGUUCUCGACGAAGUCGCGUCUUUGCUUCACAGCAAGGACGUCACAUUUCUGCUGCACGAGUUAAGCACCCGGGGUAAUACUAACCGGGCACUCGACGUCCUUCGCUGGGCAGAAAAGGCACCCAGAAAAUUGUCCCGACUACGUCCGGGGGCCGCAGCUUACGCGACAGUGCUUCAAGGCCUGGUUCGUGAAGGAGACGCGAAGAGGGCGGCGGACUUUGCCAUCUUUACCAGAGCCCGGGGGAUACCACCGGGAAAAAAAUUGUGGGGUUUGCUGCUAACCGCGCUGGCGGGUCAGGGCGAACACGGGAAGGUUUGGGAGGUUCUGGACCGGAUGCAAAAGCGGGGGCAGAAUUUGGACGGGCGGGCUUGGCGGGGUUUGAUAAGCACGUGCGCUCGAGGGGAUAAGCGAUUGGCGAAGAAGCUGGUGAGCAGGGUUAUGGAGCUGGCGGACCGAGGGGAGGUUAAGCUAACCCGAUUCGAUUAUGAGGAGAUUGUCGGUGCGUGCAGCGGCGCGGGCUUACUUGACGAGGCUCUGACUUUGGUAGAAACGAUGGAGACCGAGGGGUUUAGGGUCGGUGCUGACGUGUACGGAAAGGUCAUGUGCACAAUGUCAAAAGCGGGUCAACAUAGCGAGGUUUUAGAGAUGUACAGGAGAGCGUGUCAGGAAUCGCAGGGGUCAAUUUACGUGCACAACGCCGCGAUCCGAUCGGUGUGCUGCCUAGGCCGCCAACUAGAGGCGAGAGAAGUAGUGCAGCGCAUGCUAGUCAGCGGCAUCAGGCCGGAUGUAGUUACUUACAACACGAUCAUUAGUUCGUUGAGCCGGUCGCACCGGCAGGAGGAAGCGUUAGAAGUGUUAGAAGAGAUGCAGCAGCAGGGCUGCCAGCCCACACCGUUAACGUUCAAGGCACUCGGCAGCGGUCGGGAGCCUUAAGUCGGCGCUCGACAAGACUACUGUAGACUCGGACACAGGUGUAAACCAAUCCAAGAGUCAGUUGGCUCAGUGAACUUACGAUACACAUGGUCCAAGUGUAUAUGCAUAGAGUAAACAUCUGC